AUGAACUGUUAUGUGCGUGAGACAACCGCAACCUCAGAGUGCGUGGAGCUCCAUGUGUUUUUUGUCCCAGACAAGCAAUGGAACUCGAGGUUGAAUAAAGUGUCAGUCGAAGCCAUAGACAGCUUCAUAUCGGCAGGAUUCAUCAGAGUGUAUCCAGACAUAAGCCUUAAAGCCAUUAGACGAGAACUUGGGUCUUUGCUUGGACCUGAAAGGAUCAUGGACAGAUAUUGCUUCUUAAAAUGUGUUGGUAGGAGCUUAGCAAUGGUCAAAGCCAAACAAGAGAAAGACUUGAAAGCAAAAUCCUUUGCUCCACCUUAUUCCCCUUACCCAGAGCUCUACCUGCUGCCAGUUGAAGAAAAUGUUAAUAGCCUUUGCUCCAGGUCUUUAAGCUCAGACACUGUUCUUUACAACACUGAUUCUCAGACCUGUUACCCUCCUAGACCAAUUGUUGCACCUGGCCAGACAAAAGAACCUACUAAACUCCCACUAAUCAAACAAAAGCCCCAGCAGUAUUUCCUAGCACAAAGUCUAGAAAAUGAGAGUAGCUCCAGUUCCUUGGAGGAGAGAGAGGAAGACUCUUUAGGAUGUGAAGACUCUGUGUGGACUGAAGCUCACAAAAUGUGUUGGAAUGUCCAAGAGGAGUUUGUGGCAAAGGAGCAUGAAAUGCCCUGCAUCAAACAAACUUCAAAGAAUACGCAGAAAAAUGAGAUAAAGCCUUGCUACAAAAGAAAUGUUACCAGAGAUCCUGGAGUACAGGUUAUGCUGAAAGUUCCAGAUGCUGGGCUAAUUCACUCUCAAGGAAGGAAAGCUAAACUGUCUCCGACACCGAAGCCAUCCACAAAGAAACCAGGUGAUGAGCUGGUCCAUGUGAGUAGAGCUGACACCGUAGUUACUGUUUUGUGUGAUUCAGAUCCUAGUGCCCUUUCUCAGCCUGUGCAUGUGCAAAAGAUCAAUCCCGAGCCUUCAACUAACAGUGAUGAGCUGCUGAAGGAAAUUAGGCUGGUAAAGAAAAAGCUAGAAAGAACAAGACAAGAACUUCUGAGAAAGGGAAAAGAACUGCUAGCUUUGAAUAGACACUACAGGAACCAAGCACGAGACAAGUGGAAGAGAAGGUAUUUUGACACCAAAAAGGCCACAGCACCACUGGAAGAAACCUUGAAAAACCUUCGGCAGGAACUUGAGAUAUUUUACAACAAACAGUUCCAGCAACUGCAAGCCAGAGAUGGACGAAACAAACAAAGACGAGCAGGGAACCUCUCAAGCACAAAGAAUGACCUGAUAAUCCAGAUAAUGACUGAAAGCUAUGAAAUAGACAACCUGAAGAAAAACAUUGAUGAUGCCAAAAUAAAACUUGAUACAGAAAUUAAGCUGAGGAAUCAGGCUGCCUCUGAACUUCAAGCCUUGAAAGCAGAAUUAUUGCAGAAGAAGUCUCAGUGCUCAUUCACUGGGCCUACCACAGGUUCUGCUGAUCUCGGAUAAUCAGGAUAAAAUAGGCUUUU